UUGUUUUUAAAUAUAUUUUUAUUGAUUUCAGAGAGGGAGAGAGAGAAACAAUAAGAAUCACUGAUCGGCUGCCUCCUGCACGCCCCCACCUAGGGAUGAAGCCUGCAACCCUGAUCGAAGUCGACUCCACGAGUAAGCCAAGAUAAGCUACAAGGCAGACCCAUGCCAACCAUAGGGGCCAACCAUAGGGAGAUGCAGGCAAAGGCCAAGACAACGUAUUGACAGAUUUAGGGAUUUAAGUGGGAUUGAGGAGCAAACUGCGGGGACAGGGUAGCCAGGUGACGGGAUCUGACCUCAGUUUUGAGGCCAUAGCAACAGGAGGAAGCUGUUGCCUACGCAAAGGGGGAGAAGGACAAGACCAUCAGCAGAUGCCAGGGAGCCGUCCAGGGCCCCGUGCUGUAAGGGCAGGGUCCAGGCAGCGGCAAGGGGUGGCUGCGUGCCGCGGAGGAGGAGUAAUGGCUAAGGGUGGUGCAGAGGGGCCUGAGACCCCAGCAAAGAAAGCGCCAAAGCCUAAAAAUGCCUUUCUGGAGAGCCUGCCUAACUCGGUGAAAUGCCGAUCCCUGGCCCUUAAAACGCUGCAGAAGCGCUGCGAUAAGAUAGAGGCCAAAUUUGAUAAGGAAUUUCAGGCUCUGGGAAAAAAGUAUAACGACAUCUACAAGCCCUUACUUGCCAAGUUCCAAGAGCUCACUGGUGAGAUGGAGGGAGAUGCAUCGACCUUGGAGGGUGAUGAGGGAUAUGAGGAGGAGGAGGCGGCAGCAGAGGAGGGGGAAACGGAAGGGUCUGUGGCUGCCAAAAAUGAGGGCCCCAACUCUGCGGUGCCCGAUGACACCAAGGAAUAGGCGGGGACAGAGAUGGAAGAGGAGAAUGAUGACUAAGAAAAUCCUGCUUUUUUCCUUUUGAAUAUUGGUGAACUUGAAAAGGCUCAGGUUUGGGACCAAAAUACAAUAUGAAUCAAUUCUGACAUUCCUGAAAAUAUAUUAAAUUGAAACAAUCUGAUCCUGACCAGCCCGUUUCAACCUUGAUUUUCAUUUUUGAGCCCAAUAAAUAAUUCAAAAGGUGUUGGAGAAAACGAGUUUAAUUAAAAAAAUUUUUUUUCAUGAUCUCUUCUGUGAGGUCGGGAACUAAGGGCUUAUUGAGGGUGUCAAGUAGAUGUGAAGAACCACUUGGAAACCCAGUCAUCACACUAUUCAUCACACCGCACAUGAACACCCAAGCCAAGACUGAACAUGUCCUCAGUGCUUAAUUCUUCGAUUUCUUUAGUCCUGAAAUUUCCCACCGCAGAAAAAGCAGAAUCCAAGAAAAAAACUCAUCUACAAGACUUUGCUUUUGUAACCCAGACCUCAGCUUCACACGUCAGAAAAGAGUGAUGGAAUCAAGGGAGCCUGUGAUGGAGGUCAUGACAGUACUGCUAAUGAGGCCUGGAAACUGCCACUUCAAAUUUUAAAGCAUGUUCUGAAUGUUUGAACUUAGAGAAAUAAAUCGUUCUGAGGAGAGUGUAUAAUCUGUAUAAUUCUGUCAACAUAUGUUCAUUAUUUGGAGUCUCAUGUUUAUAUGUCUUCUUGAUAAUAUCUACAAAGGUGUAAAAAAUGUUUUAAGUAUUAAAUCCCUCUACCUAGCAUCAGAAAUACUAAUUUACUUGAAGAAAUGCAGAAUAUAGCAAAUUCUGUAAAGCAUGUGCAUAUAGUGUUACAUAGUUUGAUCCUUGUGAAA